CAGUUCCCCGCCAAAAAAGGGACCCCGGGGCCCCUGGAUACGGCCGUGAUGAGGCCUUUUUACCUUGCCCUGCUCGCGUAUGGCUGCUGGUGGCAGUGAAAAAGUGGGGGCGGAGGGUCUGAAAGGCCGGAUGCAGCCAAUAUGCUUCGUCCACGCGCCUGUUUGACUCUGUGUCCUUACGACGGGGAGGCAGUGACUGGCGAGGCCUCCCCGUCCACCGUAUCUCUGGCCGUAUUUAUAGUCCCGAUGAGAGAGCGGUCUUUGGGUGCUUGGGACCUGGUUUCACAACACUCUGCAACUUACCACCAUCUGUCAUAAUACACUUUCCGCGAAACCCAAAUUUACAACCAUGGAUUUCAUCAACAAGUUUAAGCACGGCGACGAGUCGGAGCAUGAGGAGCACAAGAAGCACGGCGAGACUGAGAGCGAGACCGCCGCUCAGGCCACCGGCUCAACCCAGCAGGAGGAGUCCCACAGCGCGGCUGAAAAUGCCGCAGACAAGCACGAGGAGCACGAGGAGCACGAGCACAAGCGGGACUUCCUGGGCAAGCUCAUCGGCGGCAGCGGCCACCACAGCAAGCACGGCUCGGGCGACGAAAAGGACAAGGACAAGAGCUUCUUCGACAAGCUGCAUAGCAAGGAAGACCGGGAGAGGAAGAACCUGGAGCUCGAGAAGCGGGAGCUGGAGCUCAACUUCGAGCUGGAGCGGGUGCUGAAGGAGCAGAAGGACAACCAGGGCUUCUUCGACCGGCUCAAGGACAAGUUCGACGGCGACGUCGACAAGGAGAAGGUGCUGGAGCACCCGCCCAGGGACGAGGACGGCGAGAAGCCCAGCUUCUUCGACAAGCUGACGGGCAAGGACGAGCGGGAGAAGAAGGCGGUCGAGCUGGAGCGGAAGGAGGCCGAGAUCAGGGCCGAGCUGGACAAGGUCAAGCACGACAAGAAGGAGAACCAGGACCUGCUCGAGCGCAUCAAGGACAAGCUCGACGGCGAGACCGACGACGAGGAGGAGCGCAAGAAGGCGCACGAGAAGCCGAGCUUCUUUGACAAGAUCACCGGCAAGGCCGAGGAGGAGGAGCGCCGGCGCAAGGAGGAGGAGGACAGGAACGCCUUCAAGAAGCUGGGCGACCGCAUCAACGAGGGCCUCGGGGGCGGGCACAAGGCCGAGGAGAAGGAGGAUUUUCUCGAUAAGACUAUCGACGGCUUCCAGGAGCACAUCCUCCGCAAGGGCACCCAGAGCAACGAGAGCGCCUUUGAGCAGGCCAAAGACGCACAGAUUGCCGCGGCGAUCCGGAGUCAGCUGCACCUGAAGGACAAGAAGGAUGAUCAUCAUAAGCAUUAGGUUGUAGUCUGGACGGUGUGAGUUUCCGUGGCGCGCAAGUCUUGAAACUUGCGGUCAGUAGUUAACACUUAGCAUACACUGCAUGAAUC